GAUGCGAAGUGCUCCUCCUGAAGCAAACAUGUCAUCCACACACACAUCUUGAACAUUUCCAUGCUACGGUCUGAUCGUUAAAAUCCAGGAAGAAGUAACUCUGCAGCACAGGCAAGUGGCAGAGAUGGGCAAGAACAGAGACAAGCUGUGGUGGGGAAUGAUGAGGAGAAAGCUUUUCCGAUCUUCGCAUCACCACGGCGACAAUGCCAUCAUCGUUCUCCACACCAACAACGGAAACUUCAGCCAAGAAUCCAACAGCAGCGCCUGCCAAGAGAAUGCCGGUUCAGAUUUCACGUCAAGGGAUGACAUCGCCGCCAUCACAAUCCAAGCAUGCUUUAGGGGUCAUCUGGCGAGACGGGCGUAUAGAGCACUGAGAAGCCUCGUGAAGCUGCAAGCCGUGGUUCGCGGGGUGGUGGUACGACGACAGGCGCGCUUUGCUCUACACUGCAUGCACGCACUGGCUCGCCUUCAGGUCACCGUUCGAGCCCGACAGCUGCUACUCAAUAACUGACUGAAUAAUCAAUCACUGACGCACGCACUCCUCUUCGUCUUACUAGUAACUGUUUCUUGCCCUAAUUAAGGAUAUAUAUAUAU